AUGGCCGAGGCGGACAGCGCGGCGGUCCGCGCGGUGCAGCGCGAGGCCGACGUGCUUCAGGAGCACGUCCAGGGCCUGCGCGACGAGUGCGCCAAGGUGCGGCCCAGCGCUGCGGCCGAGCGCGACGAGAGCGCCCGCCUGGCGGAGGUCUGGGAGCGGGACCAGUGA